UUCCACAACACAUAAACUAAAAGUAAUCUUUAUAGUCUCUACAAGAAAUAGUUUAGCAAAUUAAGAAAUUCAGUUUAGAAAUGUUCAAUAAUUCACUAUUUAACAUUGUUUACUAAAGGUUACAGUAAAUCUAUGGUGUGAUACUCCCUACAUGAUAAAUUGCAAAAACUUGAUUGCAGAGCAAUUUUUAGUUUCUCGUGUUUUCGAAAAAUAAUAUUUAUUGAAGCAAUUAACAGAUUGUGAACAAGAAGCUGAUUGACGAGAGAUGCCUCUUGGUUGGCAAAGAGGUCAAGAAGUGUAGGCUGAGAGAUAAGCUGCCAGAGAGAGGUAGCCACAGUUAUCAGCUGGUUGUGAUAAGCUUGUGUGUGGACUUGCUGAACCAGGCUAAUGGCAUAGUUGUGUCAUGCGACUUCCUGUCGUUGUGCACUUCGGACUUUGCAGGUGUUUGGUCUGGAUGAUUGAGAGCGUGUCACGGCGAGCGCUGGGAGGCUCGAGUGGCACGUAUAACGUUCGAGCAUCGGAGCUGGCACGCGAUCGACUCAAGACUCUCAGCGCUAACGUCGUCUUCCUGGACGACACUGAACACUGCUUCCACCUUGAGAAACGAGCCAAGGGCCAAGUGCUGCUGGAAUGUGUGUUCCAGCACCUGGAGCUCAUAGAGAAGGACUACUUUGGACUUCAGUUCUCAGAGAAUGGUGUUCUGCCCAGCCCUCCCAACUCUGACCUCAUGCGAUGGCUUGAUCCUGUGAAACCAGUGAAAAAGCAACUAAGAGGCAAUGGCAACCUCUACUUCUGUGUCAAGUUUUACGUGUCAGACCCCAGCAAGCUGCAAGAGGAGUACACCAGGUACCAUUUCUACUUGCAGAUACGCAAGGAUAUCUUGCAAGGCCGACUGCUGCUACCUCCCAGUACCGCCUGCCUCUUGGCCAGUUACACCGUGCAAUCUGAGCUGGGAGACUACAGCCCUGAGGAACACGGGCCCCGGUAUCUCUCCGGUCUGCAGUUGGUUCCCAACCAGACGGAAGAGAUGGAAAAGAAGAUAGCGGAACUGCACAAGCUCCACAAGGGUCAGACGCCAGCGGACGCGGAGUUCAACUUCCUGGACCAUGCCAAACGACUGGACAUGUACGGUGUGGACCUUCACAAAGCCAGGGAUGUGGGGGGGAAGGAGCUCCAGUUGGGCGUCACGGCAGUUGGCCUGGUCGUCUUCCAGAACAGCAUACGAAUCAACGUCUUCUCGUGGGGGAAGAUUGUAAAGAUUUCGUUCAAAAGGAAACAGUUUUUCAUCCAGCUGAGGCGAGAACAGAGUGAAAACUACGAUACGCUGUUGGGGUUCAAUGUCCUGACGUACCGGUCAUGUAAGAACCUGUGGAAAUCCUGCGUAGAACAUCACACGUUCUUCCGGCUUCACUCGCCACAGACGUCACGUGGUCGUCGCUUCCUCUCCUUAGGCUCCAAGUUCUCCUACUCCGGCAGGACACAGUGCCAGACGCUGGAGGACUCCCGUACCUCUCACCGGACCAUGGACCGCACAUUCGUCCGCUCCCCCACCAAGCGGCAGGUCCGUCAGACCGUGCCAGUGCCUGGGGUGAAGCCGGCCAGUGCUCCUGCCCUGAGGUCGUCCAGGCCUCAUGACCACAAGGUGACCUCUGUGGGUGCCCGAGAGCCUAGGAGAGCUUGGGGGGAGCAGACCACACACAUAUCAGACGAGGAAGGAGGUUUCCUAGAGAGAGUGGAGGAGCCUCACGCCGCGUUCACGCCUGGGCCAGCUCGUGCCAUCACGUACGCAGACGACGACCCUUUGUACAGCGAACAGUUGCCUGCAGUCCAGGUGGAGGAGGGACUGGUGUCCAUCCGAAUGUGGCCCGACGAGCAAGGCAGGUUCGGCUUCAACGUGAAGGGUGGAUGUGACCUGAACAUGCCCAUCCUGGUGUCCAGGGUUGCACCCAACACACCAGCGGACACUUGCUACCCCAAGCUCAGCGAGGGAGACCAGGUGUUGCUGAUUAAUGGAGUGGAUGUCAGUCGGAUGGUCCAUGACCAUGUAGUCAGCCUGAUACGAGCUGCCAGGGACUCGCACAUGGGAGAGUUGGUCCUCACUGUCAGGCCUAAUGCAGUGUACGAGGCGGCGAGUCUAGAAGAGGAACCCGCAUACCAGUACGUGCCGGACACGGACACACCGCACCAUCACGGUUCUGAUGCACUGGCACAGUCCAUGCUCCUGCUGGCCGACGGACUGGCUAGCGGCUCACUCCUCGCUCAGUUCGACAAACUCUACCGCAAGAAGCCGGGGCUCUCCACGGCCGACGCCAAGAGGCCUGAGAACCUGUCGAAGAACCGCUACCGGGACAUAUCGCCUUACGAUGUGACGAGAGUGAUUCUGGCCGGUGGCAGUGGUGGAGACUACAUCAACGCCAACUACGUCAACAUGGAGAUCCCUGGCAGUGGCAUCAUCAACAGAUACAUAGCCACACAGGGACCACUGAGUACGACGGUGCAGGACUUCUGGCAGAUGGUGGAGGAGCAGGGCAGUACUCUGGUGGUGAUGGUGACGACCCUGGUGGAGCGGGGUCGCACCAAGUGUCACAAGUACUGGCCCACGCUAGGGGAGACCCUGGAGUUGUGCCCUCGCCUGCACCUGUCCUGUAGCAAGGAGGAGGCGGACGCCACUGGCAGCUUUGUCCUCAGGGAGUUCCUGCUCCGGGACCUUCAGAGUGGUGAGGAGCGGGAUGUAACUCAUAUGCAGUACCUGUGUUGGCCGGACCAUGGUGUGCCAGACUCUCUGGGAGGGUUCCUGGCGUUUGUUGCGGCGGUACGACGGUACAGGGCCGGCAUGGUGGAGCCCGCUGUGGUGCACUGUUCUGCCGGUAUCGGGCGUACCGGUGUGCUGAUACUGGCCGAGACUGCGCUGUGCCUCAUUGAAGCCAACCAACCUGUCUACCCACUAGACAUCGUGCGCCAGAUGCGGGACCAGCGUGCCAUGAUGAUACAGACACCGAGCCAGUACAGGUUCGUGUGCAGUUGUGUCCAUCAUGCCUUCACUGAAGGAUUUGUCAAACCCUUGCCAGAGUUCAACACACGGUAAUCUGUUCUUGUGCCUUAUCCGCCCCCUGUCCAGGGUCCACUGACUUUCCAACUAACGACACCCGGUACAGUCACAGGACAAGACAAAUUGUCUCCGUCAAUAUGUCACAGCCAAAAUUACUUUAGUCUGGGAAUAUAGGACAAGUCCAAGUAUCUAUUCCGUCCGAGGAACUGUACUCAGAUACGUAUGGAAAACGUUUCAUUGCUACAUUUGUCCAUCCAUCAGUCGUUGUUGUAUUGACCAAAAAAAGUAAAAAAAAAAACUUGAUACAUGUAGUUGGUUGGAAAGUCAGGAAUCUAAUGCCCUUGUCUCCACACUUCCAUCUUACAAAGUCCAUAUAAGUUAAGACUAGAGUCCAUUUAGAGCCAUCCAUCGAUUAUUGGUGUCCGUCAUAUUUAGAUUGUUUACAUUUUUACAAGUGUGUAGUCUACGGAAUGUUGUUGUUUGUCAGUGAUUUUUAGCGUAAGUGAUUUUAUCUUACACGUUUUAAUGUAGAGAACCGUGGUCUGGUAAUCCUCCGUUUCGUGUUUUCACUUUAAAAGACAAAUUUUCUAACGAUCAGUUCAAAUAACGUUAAUUCGAAAGACUGGAUUGUGGAGAAUACGUGUUUUUGUUAACCGUUCACGUGGGAUCGGCGUUUCAAUUGUAAACUUUGUGCGGUUAUUUAUUAUGUGUUUUUGUAACUAGUUUUUGUCAUGGUUUCCAGACCAAACGUAGAACUGCCACAUAGGUUAGAAAUUAGUAUUUUGCUAGAAAUAUUUCGUGUUUUUAUACCGGUUUUGGCCGCACAUUUGCCCCGAAGCACAUAACACGUGUACUUCCCCAAAAUUAUUUGCGGAUUUCAGUACUCGAGAUGCGAUUGAGUUUGUGUUGAGUGUGAACGUACCGAGAUUCCGUUAUUUUCUAUUGGCGUCUCGCCCUGAACGUAACCAUAUCACUUGAGUACUCCCGUGCCUUGGAUGCUGCGGGAAUAAACCAGAAUCUUGAAUGGCAGGAAGUGCAAGUCACUGUAGACGAUGAUCUCUGUGUACAUAAUCUCUGUGUUUGAUUGACAACUUGUCAUUUCUGGUUUAUUUGAUGCUAAUUGUCAAAAUAAAUUACUAGUUCAUUAAAAUGUAGCUAAAAGAGUUAAUUUCUCUCUGUGCACUCUUCUCUGUUUGACUCUUGGCAUCCUUUAAACGGAAUUGUAAUUUUUAUCAUUGUACUUUGUUGUAAAGUAUUCGGUUGAUGUGCCACAAUAAAAGGUGAAAGCAGCUUUGUAAUGUUUAUUCUUGUUUUGUAUAGAUAUUAAUAUAUUUAUUUGCUGUACCAUUAUUUGAUUAUAUAACAAUCUUAGUGUAUUCAAGAAAACUAAUGUAAAUUUAAUUUGUGAUGAAUUUUAGUUAGUUUAUAAUUAAUUGUCAAAAAUGUAUAUUUUAGUUUAUCUUGAAGAGGUAAUAUCCUGUUUCACGACAGUAUUUCCUAUGGAAUCUUAUUGCUACUUGUUUUACCAUUGUAUAAAUUGAAGAUCUCAUGUAACACAUUAAAGCUAUAUUGAUUUGUUGUUAAUUUUUUGUAUGUGAUUUUGUCUCCAAUAAUUUACUUCAUAGUGGUUAAAGGUGUUAGAAUAAAAUUCAACAUACGAGUGAUGUGUCAGUUUAGUCUCUAUUCGUUUGACUAGUUUUGCUCCUCAAUUAAAAAUUGUUCCAGUUUUAAAAAUUUUGAUUUUAACUAAAUAUUUUUCUUUGAACUAUUAGACUUUCCUUGCCAGAGUAACAAUUAAAUUGCCUCUUUCUCUUGUAUCAUUGAAUAAUGACAAAUGUCAGAAGAAAAUCCUUCCAUUGUUAAACACCAACUUUAAGCAAAAAAUACAUUGUCUCCUUUUAAUGAACAUUUUGUUCUCAGAAUAUAGCAAAUUGGCUAUAAAAACAAUACAUAAAUUUAAUAAUAUGUAUGACACAUACAGGAUGUAUAAUAGUUUAUUUAUAUCCGACUGAGUGACAUUUGUUGGUUCUGAACGUACAACUCAAAAUUUAGAACCGGAAAUUGAUUUUAGGAACUGACAUAUCACUAUUAUGAACUAACAAGUAAAUAUUGAAAUAUUUUCUUAUUUUAAUUACCUGAUUGUAAAAUCUAAGAAAUACAAAAGACUUAAAUGUUUUAAAUGCAGUAAAAAAAGGAGUCAGUUGGAAUAUGCGACAAAAUUGUGUACCAUGUUCAGAAUUUAUUUACAGUUGAUGGAAUAUUUAUUUAUUUGGUUGAAUAUUUCUUGGAUUGUAUUCACAUAAUAAAACACAGUGAUACAACAUAAUGUAAACAACAAGGCCAGGAUGUAUUCUGUUUAUAGCAGAGAAAACAUGUCAGUGGAUAAUCAAAUGUUUUAUUUGUUCUCUAUGAAAUCGGUUAAUAGCUGGUAUUCAUUGUUUUAGAUAUGCUAUACUUUUUUAAUUGGAAAUAUAAUCUUUUGUUUUAUUGUAAAUUUUAUUCCUAGUGGAUAGGACAGUCAGCAGCCUUAUAUCUUGAAAAAUUCCCUUGAGGGUCUACUGGUUUUUAAAAGAAGCACAUAAAAACACGUAUUUUACUAAAUAGUGCCAAUCUUUUACACAAUAUAAAUUAUAAAAUAUCACAAUACAUCAGGGACUUACUAACAGAUUGGUACAACACCUUUGUGUAGCAGAUUUGUGUGUCGUGUCCAAUUAUUCUUAUUUUUUAGGGGAAAAAAUUACCAAUGAAAUCAGUUUUAUACAUAGGAAAGAAAUAAUUAUGUCAUGUUUUUCAUGUGUCCAUUAAAAUAUUUUAUUAAUUAAAAAAAAACUGAUGCUUUAAUUUAAUUAUAUCAUAACAUUGUCGUUUAGUUGUAUUUUUUAAAACAAAGCAUAUAAAAUUUAAUUUAAUAAGGAAUCACCAAUAUUCUUAAAAGUAAAUUGCUGCCUGUGUUUUCAAAAUCCCAUGUUACUAACAAAAUAACUUAUCACAGAUUUUGUUUAUCCACGAGAAAUUCUAAAUAAAUCAACUAUGUUUAAUUUAUUGACCAAUUUAAAUUUAUAGUAAUAAAUGAGGGACAUGUUAAACUGUUCAAAGUAUAUAUAUAUAUAUGACAUAUUUGUUUUAUGUGACAUGAAAUCAUGUAGUGUGAAUUAUGUUUAUUUUUGUACAGAAUUAUUUUAUCACCAAGCAAUAGUGGCUAGUACUUGUGCGUCUAUUGUCAAUUAAAACUGUGUUGACUCUGGUUCAACCAUUUAAUCAUACCUUUGAGGGGGCACUCUACCUGUGGCCUGACAGUUACUGAGUAUUCUUUACAAUUGACUCUUAAGUUCUGUAGUUUUUAGAAUUUUUAAUCAUAAAAAUAAGGCAUAGAGAACAGGCAGAGUGUUAGAGGAAAUUUGUACAAAAAUUAGAUAAAAUAUUGUGUUAAAAAUUGUUUUCUAAGAAAUGUUUAUACUACUUAUCAAUAAUUCUUGAGGGUGUGACUGCACGCUCUUGUAGACUGGUUCUUAAAAGCAUUGCAUCGCAAGGUUAUUUAUGUUCAUGGUAGAGUGCUUCCAAAUUAGUUAGCUUUAUUUUUUUUAGUUAAAUUAGAAACUAAGAAGAUAAAUUUUAAAAUGAAUGUUGCAUAAACACUAUUGGCUGCAAACCAAUAGUUGUGUAACAUGUUUUGUUAAAGAAUUUAAAUUAUCAUUGUUUCCUUGGUAUCAUGCAUUAGUUUUCUUAAUUCUUUGUUAAUUUUAGUGCAACUACCCAAUCUUAAUGCUUGCUUAAGUUUUAAUUUGUUAACACCCCUGUGAUUUAGUAUUAAUUUAGCUUAAAACGUAUUUUAUUGUACCUUUAAUUAGUGAUUGGGUCAUUACUUGUGUAUUUCUUUUCCCUUAAUUAACUUGUCAGUAAGUUGUAACUGAGUCAAUUUUUGUGUUACACUUAAGUAUUAACUCGUCAUUUUACGCAUAAUCAGCAAAUUCGUACUAAUAAACGGUACCUCUGAUUGAAUUCACCCCACUCUUGUGUAAUUGUUCCAAUUAGUUUUGCAAAUGAUUGCUACAUGUCAAUGAAGAACGAAGCUGUGUUGGUUUGAGUAUUUCAUACGUUUUAAUAGCAUAUGAGACAAUAUGGAGAUAAAAAUAAAGACUUAUCAUCCAAA